GUCACUUUAUUAAUAUCGCCGAGUAGAAAGUUAACACAACCUUGUUCUAAAGCAAAACAUUUAUUUCUGUUGAAUAAGUUUGGAAAAUAAGUGAAAGAUUUUGAAAAAUCUCUUCUGAUCUCUUCAAAGUGUGUAAAUCUCCAAAGGUACAACCUUCUGAUUGGCUAAAAUUCGAUGCAAUGGAUGUGAUUUGUUAUGUUUGCAAUGAGGAAACGAGGGAUUGGCAUCGAAAUCUGGUUGAAACUAAAUCAAAGCACACUAAAACACCAAUUGUUACGUUCAUUGUUCAGUUUCUGGACGACUAUGUUUCACAGCGCAAUGUAAGAGACGAGUCACACUGCAUUUGUUCAGAAUGUUUGCGUCGAAUUUACACGUACGAUUGGAUGUGUUUGAAGGUGAAAGAGCAGGAAAAGGAAUUUCGAACAUUGAUUCUGAAGAGUGAAACAAGUUUUACGAGCAAUCAGAUCAAAAGUGAAUUCGAAUUUGUUAAUCCAACAGAAAUGGUCCAAGUGGAUUACGAUCAAGAAGAUUAUGAUGAUAUUAAGACCGAGUCAAUGAAUGCAGAUGAUAGCCCUGAUGACAUUGUGACAAUUGAAGAGAUAAAAAUUGAUCCGGAUACUGUUGGUGAAAGUAUACCAGAUGACGAUGACGACGAUUGUGAUGAUGAUGACGAUUUUAGCGAUGAUGAUGAUAAUGCUGUCGAUUCAGAUGAGGAAUUCGUUCCCAAAGUCAGCUCAAUGCAAAAGAAACAACCAAAAAAGGCACCGGUAUCAACAACUGCUUCGAAUAAUUGUUUGAAUUCGAAAAUUUGCGAAAUUUGCGGCGAAAAAUUGAAACACGAGACAACGAUUAGGUCCCAUAUAAAAAUUCACACAAAAUCCCCUGGAAUGUUUACGUGUCACGUCUGCCUGUAUGAAAUAAGUGAUAAGGAAAAGGAUAAAUUCAAGGAUCAUGUGAGAAAGCAUACAAAAAUCGCAUCCAAACAGUGUGUCAUUUGCAAUGAAGGAGGAACGGAGAAUUUUGACUUGAAACAUCAUGUCCGGAGCCAGCACAACACUACCUUGUCUUGUGAUACGUGUGGUAAAUCAUUCGUGUACGCUUCGGUACUGCGGUUACAUUUGCGGUCACACAUUGAAAACCUACCAGAAAAGUGCGAGCAUUGCAAAAAAUCAUUCCCGGACAAAAUUACUUUGGAAGAGCAUAUGAAGACUCAUGUCCAAGCGGUGUGCACAUUUUGUGGUAAAAAAUUCACACGGAAACAAAAAUGUAAAAAACAUGAACUACGACACACAAAUGAGUCAAAAAAGUUCAAGUGUUCACUUUGUCCGGCUGCUCUCGAUACCGAACGCGGAUUGAAGUUGCAUUCACUUCGGAAGCAUGGUGGAGAUAAGGACUUAAAUCAUAAGGAGUGAUAGGAAAGGUGCUUCCAUCACUAUGACGAAGCUCGUAUAACAAGAAAAUAGGCAUGUGCCUGCAUGGUCUACUGACCAUUGAAUAAAUAAAAUAAAUAUAAAAUGUGGAAUUGAACAAAAUAUCAUAUCGAUUGAAACGAAAAAUCGAAGAAAAAAAAAACAAAAGAGAAGAUUACACAGUCAAAAAUAAAUGUCCACAUUUAGGCGAAAUUUCGACUGGUAGAGGCGCCCAGUCCUAUAUUUUGCCUAGAAAACGGAGUUUCAGACGAAAUACCGAUUAGAUUAUAAGCAGAAUUUCGCCUGCAGCUCAAAUUACUAACAGAAAUAUCGGCUGAAUGCGUCUUCAGCUGAAAAAACGCUCAGGUGUAGACUUUUAUUUUUUGCUGUGUAGAGUCGAUUGAAAAUAAUAACGAAAAGCUGUCAAAAAAUCUUUAUAAGUGUGAAAAAUGUCUAAAAGAGUAAUUAACUAAUAGAGACCAAUUCUAUUAGUAGAUGUAAAAGAACGCAAGUUUGUCCAACUUCGUAGCAAUAAAGAGAAGUAUGUAUCAUUGCAACUAAUAAUGG